GCUCCCUGCAUUCACUUUCAUAUUCACAACAAUCAAGCAGCCUCAGCGUGAUGCAGGAUUGCAGCUACCUGCUGGAUUGAUCAGUGCAAGUUACUACUGUUUUCAGUUAAAGCAAGAUUCUGCCUGCAGUAAAAUAGCUCCUCCCGAGAUCCACCCAGGAGGCUGGAAGUAGAUGUAAUACAGAGUCACAGCACAUUCUGCCUGUCAGUGAGCUAGGAGCAGCAAGAGAGGCAUAAACUGUCUGUAUCCAACAGCUACCACUUCGGACCCAGCCAUGGAAACUCCAGCUCAGAAGCGAGGCAGGAGCGGGCAAACCCCACUGUCCCCAACACGCAUCACCCGCCUGCAGGAGAAGGAAGAUCUCCAAGAGCUUAACGACCGUCUGGCUGUCUAUAUCGACAAGGUGCGUUCACUUGAAUCGGAGAAUGCUGGGUUGCGUCUGCGCAUUACUGAAUCUGAAGAUGUGGUGAGCCGUGAAGUGACAAAUAUCAAGACGGCGUACGAGACGGAGCUUGCCGAUGCCCGCAAGACUCUGGACUCAGUUGCCAAGGAGAGGGCCCGUCUCCAGCUGGAGCUGAGCAAAAUCCGGGAGGAGUACAAGGAGUUGAAGGCAAGGAACUCCAAGAAAGAGGCUGAUUUGCUGUCCGCUCAAGCUCGUCUCAAAGACUUAGAAGCUCUUCUAAAUUCCAAAGAUGCUGCUCUGACCACUGCCCUGGGAGAGAAGCGAAACCUGGACAAUGAACUUCGGGAACUCAAAGCUCAGAUUGCUAAGUUGGAAGGCAGCUUGGCUGAUGUAAAGAAGCAGCUUCAAGAUGAGAUGUUGCGCCGAGUGGACGCUGAAAACCGUAACCAGACCCUGAAGGAAGAGCUGGAGUUUCAGAAGAGCAUUUACAGUGAGGAAUUGCGUGAAACUAAGCACCGUCAUGAGACUAAGUUGGUGGAAAUUGACAGUGGUCGUCAGCGGGAGUUUGAGAACAAACUUGCUGAUGCACUUACAGACAUGCGGGCUCAGCAUGAAGGACAGAUCAGUCUGUACAAAGCAGAGCUGGAGAAGACUUACAAUGCCAAGUUUGAGAAUGCCAAACAGUCUGCAGAGCGUAACAGCAACCUGGUGGGAGAGGCACAUGAGGAGAUCCAACAGAGCAGAAUCCGCAUAGACAGCUUGUCUGCCCAGCUCAGCCAACUGCAGAAACAGCUGGCAGCUAAAGAGGCGAAGUUAAGAGACCUGGAGGAUGCCUUAUCCAGGGAGAGGGACUCCAGUCGCCGAAUCCUAUCUGACAAGGACCGGGAAAUGGCUGAAAUGAGAGCUCGCAUGCAGCAGCAACUUGACGAAUAUCAGGAAUUGCUGGACAUCAAGUUGGCUCUUGAUAUGGAGAUCCAUGCUUACCGCAAGCUACUGGAGGGAGAGGAGGAGAGGCUACGACUUUCCCCCAGCCCUCCUUCACAUAAGCGGUCCUCUAGAACUGGCGCAGCUCAUUCUUCCUUACAUUCCUCGUCCAAGAAAAGGAAACUAGAAGACGGUCAGUCAAGAAAAACCACCUUCAACCAGCAUGCCAGGACCAGUGGGAAGGUUUCAGUUGAAGAGGUGGAUCAGGAAGGAAAAUUUGUGCGUCUGAAGAACAAGACCAGUGAGGACCAGUCUUUGGGCAACUGGCAGAUAAAACGACAGAUUGGUGACGAGGCUCCAAUUGUGUACAGAUUUCCUCCAAGGAUAAAUUUAAAAGCUGGGCAAACAAUAACAAUUUGGUCUGCCGGUUCUGGAACUACAAAUAACCCUCCCACUGAUCUUGUUUGGAAAGGACAGAACUCCUGGGGAACUGGAGACAGCAUCCGUACAGCUCUACUUACCUCUAACAAUGAGGAAGUUGCCAUGCGAAAACUUGUUCGCACGGUAGUGAAUGAUGACGAAGAUGAAGAAGAGGAUGAUGAUGAUGAUGAUGAGGUGAUCCUCCAACACCACCACCACCACCAUCAUCAUGAUGGGCAGAACUCAGGAGACCCUGCAGAAUAUAAUUUGCGCUCCCGCACCAUUAUGUGCACUGCCUGUGGCCGGCCGGCUGAGAAAGGAGCAGGAAGCACCCAAAAUGCUGGAUUGACCACAACCACUGGCACUACAGGCUCCUCUUCUUCCAGCCUCACUCUUACGAGGGCAUACCGUAGCACAGGAGGAGCUGGGGGAAGCAGCGGCCUUGGUGAGAGCUUGGUCACCAGGUCUUAUAUCAUGGGAAACUCCAACCAGCGUGCCCAGGUCCCGCCGCAGAACUGCAGUAUAAUGUAAAGACCUGACAUUUAUCUGCAUCAUUAUACCAAAGUGCCGAAGCUAAAAAAGGAAAGCUGAAACACAAGCCUUAUUUUGUUUUUUGUUGUUCGUUUUUUUUUUUUUUUUUUACUAGAUUUUUAUUUUCUAUGGCAAAUAUUUUAUAAAGAUAAACAGAUUGCCAUUUUUUUUUGUUACAAAGUAAUAUUUGUAUUUGCUUUGAUUUAAGCCAAAGACAAAUAUCUCGGCAUUCUCUACCAACCUCAACUGUGCCAGGAUUGAAGGAAGUAGUUAUACGACCAUCUAUCGUUGAUUUAUUUUUGUUUGCCACAGCUGUAUGUGUGGCAGUGUUUUCAGUGAACUGCAGUGUUGUCCUCCAUAGCAGAAAUUGUGUUAAGGUGUUUUAUAGUUUGUUUUUUUGACAGAAAAGCUCACAAAAUUUGAGUAAGAAACCUUCCAACGGUUAUAACCGCUAAGUUGCAGGUAAACUAGUGGGAUAAAUGUCUCUGACAGACAGGAGCUCAUCAUGUAAUAUAUUAUUAUAUAGUGAUUAUUUGCAGGGUAUAUAACAUAUGCUCAAGAUUGGUCUAUUCGCCAUCCUAAAUAAAUGUCAAUAAAGUUGUACAACUCAAGGGAUCACAGAAAAAAAAAUCAUGUUUGUUUUAAUUACAAUUACCAAGCUAGGUAUGAGUUCCUGUAGGCCUUUGUGUAGUUUAGUAAGUAGUUCCUAUAUCCGUCACAUCUCAUGCUACAGAGGUUUAGAGAUAAAUGUCUCACUACAUAAUUCUGCACUUAAUGAGUAUAAAAAAACAUGCCAAAUUGUGUAGUUCCACUAAUAAUGUUUUUCUGGCUAAGCAGAAAGUACACAGGGCUACAACUCAGGGUGGCACUGUAUUGUCUUGGCUACCAUAUUGCAUGUACCUACAUAUAUUAUAUACAGAGUACCUUUCUUCCUCUUGCAAUCAUAUAUAGUUCAUUCUGUGUGCAUCAUAUACUCAGCUUGGCUUAUUGCUGGUCAUUGUAGGGUACCGUGCCAUAAUGACUCCUUCACUUCUGUGUUACUUGUGCUUUGCCUACUAUACGGUCUGGUUAUCAGUAUUGCCCAUGUUGUAAGGAAUGGUCAUUGUGAAGAAUCUAAUACCAUGUGCUCCUGGAUGGAGAGAGAUUAAUAAAUGCUGAGACCCGGAGGUAUGCCUUUGUUAUAGGAAAAUGGCUGAUAUAUGUAUGUUUUGUUAAAGUGUUGUCUAAGACCCAAUGAAGUUAUUCAUUUCACUGACAAUAUAUUAUGGGGAUCGGCUGAUUCCCAUUCAUUAUCCUCUCUGCUGCCAUUUUCCAUAAAGGCAGAAAUAAUAAAAAAACAAACAUAUGGUUAUGUUUGUUUAACUCUUUAUUGCUAGGGCAUAAUACGUUUUACAUUGAUUAACAUUGUGCCACGUUAGCAAUUUGAAAUCAGGGAUAUUAAAGGCUUUAUCUUGUUACUAAUUAAAGACAGUAAGAUAAGCAAUGAUGUAAAUGAUGAGUUAAGUUGAUAAGUGCCUUAAAGAGAAGAUUGUAAGGGGGAUCAAGUGCCUUAUUGUAUGUGUCACAUACUAUUCCCCCGCAUGGUGCUGGGGUUUAUUUUUCUUGCUAUGCUUUUGUCUAUAUAAUAAAUAAAACUUUAUUACUGCAACAAGCAAAUGUCUGUGCAAAUCUUCCUCUGAAUAAAGUACUCAUAAACCCAUAAA